GCUAGCCAGCUAGCUCAUGCUCCUCUGGUCACGUGGCUUUGUUGUGUUGCCAGCCAUCCAAUCGCGUGGCGCAUUGUUGUAACGAUAGCUGCUGCAGCUAAACGGGUGCUGUCCGUGGUGCUGCAGGUACAAAGCCAAACUUUUGCCAAUAUGAGAAUCAAAAGGCUUGUAUUCAAAACAACAUACAUAAACACACUAAUACAUUUAUUUUGAAAUACACAUACGAUUGGCGUUAUGAUUGAAACGUGAGACAUAUUCUUAGAAAACUCUCAACAUCAUUAGCUAAUAACAUAAGAUUCAAGAGAAUACCAGCAUUGUUUUCUCAAUCUACUAAAUGCUAUUGAAUGAAUGUUGGAGGCAGAAUUCAAUGAAGAGUAAAUACAUUUGAGAUAAUUCCUGCUGCACGAACAUUUCUGGCAAAGAAAAAUAAGUGUAUUCUUGAUGAAUUGUCUGCCCCGGUGGGGCAACUGAGUUUAUAUAUUCAAUCAUAAAGAUGAGUUUUGAAAGGGUCUUAAAAUGUAGAUAAUGCUUUGAGAAGGAAUUCGGUGUUACUUUUGAAUGAAAGGUUCUGAGAAGAGUCUCUUUGAAAUCUAAAAAUGUUUUAAUCAUGCUCUGAUGUCAGUGAGUUUAUACCUUGAUAGUUAUCACAAUAUUAACGUUGACCAUUUAACCCACACCUAAUAGUCUCCCGCACUGAAACCAAACAUGUGUUUUUCACAGUCAAAAUGUUGUCCCUUUUACAUAUUUGCAAAAACUAUUCUUUAAACAACUUGUGCUUUUCUUUCUUCAGAAGCCGCAAGGAGAAAACAAUAGUAGAGCAUUAUUUUUAAUACUGAAUACAAGGCCAUGCCAGUAAUAUAGACACCAUUUGUAAUGACAAAGUAUUGUAGACAGCCCUUGAUGUAUAAACAACGUGGGUCCGUUUGUUUACAUUUGAUAUGUGUGUGCAUACAUUUCAUUUGCUCUCUUCUGUAACCAGCCUUAACGGUGGUCCCACAUGUAUUUCACUCAGUACCGUCCUAUGUUGUAGGCCAACACAUUUUACAACAUUCUUGUAAUGCAGUUUAUGAAGGACUGCCUCGCACAAUUACAAACAGUGUUUAGAAGCGAUAGCAAGGUUACAAACUUGUAAAUGUGGACUCGAGGGCAUGAAGGCUGUGCGUGUUAGGUUUGCGCUGCUCUGGCAUACAAGCCGCUGUGGAGGGGAAUGCUCAUUUCGCAGAAUGAAAGCGUGUGAAAAGCUCGGCCAGAUAUGAGCGAGGAGAGAGCAGGCAAUUGGAGCGCGGAGUAGCCCUGCUGGUUGUGCUGCCACCUUGCAAACGGGGCCUUUGAAAAAACGGCCAGCCCCUUCUCCACAGUGUUUAGGGACCAUGCAGGAUGCCCGCUCUGAUAGUGCCAGCUGAACACCCUUCUGAAUUCUCCAGGUCUCCGUCUCUGUGUCCUAAUCUCUUUAGGUGUGAUGUGCCCUGGAGAGGCUUGAGCACAGCCCCGCGGGUACGCUGUUGUCUAGGAAUGUGGAGUGUGGAAAUGUUGGGGAUUAUGGGAAGACUGGUGUGGGUGCCCAUACUCCACUAUCACAAAGACUCUUGGCACCCAUGCUGCUACCUCGUUGAGUCAAUAUUUUCCCGUUUGAGUAUUGGGGCUGCAGAACUGCAUCUCUGUGGCACCGAGAUGGAUGUUUUGGCUCAGUGUUAGUUUGAGUUUUCCCUGUGUUGAAUGGCGUAAAAGUGUGCCACUACUGAGGGAAAAUAAGUGAAAUGAGAAACUGAUGAGGGAUGAGAAAAGUGCGAUGUAAAAUGAUGGCGGGUAGCUCGCUGGCGGCUCAUGCCAGGUGAAACGGAGCUGAGAAAACAUUUAAGCUGUGCAGGUGCAGGAGCUCUGACUUCAUGGUCCAUUAGAGUGAUAAGAGUUAGGGCUCCUCGUGUGGCAGAAAUUUAGGCAUAAUAAUUCACUGUAUCGGCAAGGUUGCAAAAUACGUGAUGCAGCCAAUGCCGUCUGAAACUCAGCCGUUCUGUUCUAUAUGGGUUGGUGCUGCAUCAGGGCACACGUCUUUGCUCUUCACAUGUUUGUUUUGAACUUCUACUCUGUAGAAGUAAUGUUGUGGUUAAAAUCUAAUUAAAAACACUUUAACUUUUUUAAUGUAACUAUGUAUUCAUUUACUAGGCAUCUUAUUUGCAGCUUGUAUGCUGGUAAUAGACUGACUAUCCCAACAGUGCUGAUGUGGGAAACAAGGCCACUGCUUAAUUGGCUGUACUGGAUGGAGGAGAUGAUGAGUACCCAUCUAGUACCAGUAGAGGGAGCUGUCUUGAACCCAAACAUUUAUCAAUGUCAUUUAAUCUGAACCAAAUUUCAAUUUCCAUGAGUGGGAGAUGCAAACAUUGGGUGAGAAAUCAGUAUAAUUUGAAACGCUCCGGGUGUAUUCUGGCACAAAUGGGUUUGUGCCCAGAUACAUUAAAGCUUCCUCAAAUAGCUUUUAGGGGUUUUCUUUUCACUUUGUGCCGCGCCUCACACAGAGCUUGUCAAAAAAUUGUGCAACCGGCUCUUAUUUUUUACAGCUUACCUCAUUCUGUGACUGUCACCAACGUUGCCUUUCUGUUUGUGCCCGACGGACUAAAGGAGACAGUGAGGCAUUGGGAGUGUGGGAGCAAGAGAGAGGCACGUAGAGCAGCAGAAGAAAGAGGAAGGAAAAGGACCCUGAUGCAUGGGGAGGAUGGGACUGGAAGCAUUAUUUUCACAUCAGCAUAAGAGAGCUGAUCACCACUGCUUGUGAGCUGGGGGUGGCCCAUCCUCCAGGAUACCCUGUCUUUACCCUACUUGCUCGCCUGGCUAUGUGUCUUCUGCCCUCACUCUCUCCAGCCCACAGUGUCAAUCUGAUGAGUAGCCUGCUGGGGGCUGCAGCUUGUGGUACCCUCUGCAUUACAGUCUGCAGGUUGGCGGGCCCCGGCCCCGGAGCCGUGCUGGCUGGAGGGCUCUUCGCUGUGUCCAGGCUGAGCUGGCAGUGGUCCGUGGUGGCAGAGGUCUUCACCCUCAACAACCUUUUUGUUGGUCUGCUCUUCUUCUCGACUGCCAGCUUCCACUGUGCUGACAACGCCACUCAGAGGCGGAAGAUUGCACAAUGGGGGGCACUAUGCUGUGGCUUGGGGCUCUGUAACCAGCACACCCUGGUGCUGUAUGUACUGGUCAUCAUUCCCUGGGUGCUUCACCGACUUUACUCUCUCAGGGAGCUGACUUUGCGUGGCCUCGUGUCUCUGGGAGCGUGUUUCUUAGCUGGCUUUCUGCCAUACGUCUACCUGCCCAUCUCCUCCUACCUCAACACAGCCCGCUGGAGCUGGGGGGAUCAGACCACGCUGUCAGGCCUGCUAACUCACCUGCUGAGGGCCGAGUAUGGCACCUUCAGUCUGGCAAAGACGGAGAGCUCUGUAAACCUGACCUCAAUGAUAAAGGCCCAGUUGGACCACUGCCUGGAAGACCUUUCAAUUCCUGCCCUGGUGCUGGCAGGAAUAGGCCUCCUCCUCUCCUCGUGGGACAGGGCGUUCCGCUCAGUGUCCUGGCUGUUUGCUGCCAUGCUGGUGGUCUACUCACUGUUUUUUGCUUGGAGAGCCAACCUGGACAUCAGCAGACCCCUUCUGCUUGGAGUGGUAGAGCGGUUCUGGCUCCAGAGUGAUGCUGCAGUGUGUGUGCUGGCAGGCCUCGGCUUGAGCCGGACACACUCUGAGCUGGAGAGGAGGCUGGGCUGUGGGGGGUUGUGGAAGACCACAGGCUGGGUCCUCACCGUGGCUCUGCUGGCACAUAUGGUGCACACCAAUCACAGGGAGUGCGACCAGAGCAGAAACAGUGUGGUCGAGAGGUUCGGCAGGGAGCUUCUGGCCUCCGUCCCGACAGACUCAAUCAUCCUGACGAGAGGAGAUCUGCCUGGAAACUCGCUGCGCUACUUAUACUACUGCCAGGGUGUGCGGCCCGAUGUACGUCUGGUCGACCAGGAGAUGAUGACAUAUGCUUGGUAUGUGGCCAAGCUGGCGCAACACCACCCUGGGGUGCACUUUCCUGGCCGCUGGUGGGACCCAGUCCACCCCGAGAAGAGAGACACCUUCAGCCUGGAGCAGUUUCUGUCCCACAACACACAGAGACACGUGUUUGCCUGCAUCGGGCUACCUGAAGGAGACCCAAGCUGGGAACAUAGCUUCUCUCGUUGGCCCCUGGGUGUGUGUGACUACUUGGUGCCAGUUCAGAGGCAGUUUCACCCUGAGAGGUGGGCCCAGCGAACUCGCACCAUCUACAACUGGAGUGAGCCACACAACAGCUUCCAUCCCGCGUCCUGGGAGUGUGUCGCUAAUGAGGAGAUGUGGCAAGCCAGGAUGAAGACGGCUUUCUUUCUGUUUGACCUGGCAGAAAGGAUGCAGGGAGAGGGGAAAGCUCGCCUGUUUGAGCUGUCUUACACCCUGUAUAAGGAGAUUGUGGAGGCCCACUCAGACUACCCUCCAAACUGGGACAAGAACUUGGCUCUGGCCUGCGAGAGGCUGCUACGAUCGGGUCACCGGGGCUACAGUCCAGACAGCCUGCUGACCUGCAGCACCAAGCACUUUAGUCUCUACUUGGAGAAGGAACCCACAGAUCCCCAGACACCUGCCAUACGCUCUGCCAUUACCGACCUGCUCAAAGAGAGGGACGAGCUCCGCCAGAGUUGGAGGCAAACCCCAUAACAAGACCCAGAGAGACCGACAUAGAGCCGGCCCACAGAGUGUGCCACGAGCCCAGCUGACGUGCAAGGCACUGGGGACGAAGUCUGAGCCAAUGUACCUUUUCUCAUGGUUUGAAGGUGGUGCUCCAAAAGACUGGAAUGAUGUUUAGUUCAAGUUUUGGCCAAAUUGGACUUAUGAGUUGGGAGUUGGAGUGAAUGGUGAUGCAGACGUACUGGGACUUAGAUAUCAAGCAGAACUCUGCACAAAGGACAGACAACUACCACUCGGCAAUGCUUCAUUUGAUCAACGUUUACAGUUGACCAGGGACAGAGCUUGACUUCAGGAAGCCUCGACUGACCCCAAUCAAACUGUGCACGCUCCCCUUAAAAUCACCCAUUCGAUUGCUUUAUCGUUAUAUAUCUCGUUCUUUUUUUCUGUCCUCUUCUGCUCUCACAGCUUUUAACGCGCUGAUUAUUUUUGCCUUCCGCCACUGCUCUACUUCUCUUUUUCUCACAUUAGGAUGGCAAGGCCGAGAUUGAGGGAAAACCAAUUUGGGGGCAGAAAUGGGGGAUUAGAGCGACUGUUUAAUCUAGGACAGACUUGUGCUGUACCACACAGACCUCACUCCGCAUAACCAGCACUACCUACCCACCCACCCACCCCUCUAUCCUCACAUCAGUCUAUCUUAGAUGGUCCUUUAAAUGUUUAGAAACUAAUGGAUUCGAUGGGUGUUUUUUGUCCUCUCUUGCUUCCUAACGUGUAAUCCCUCAUGGAUUUAUAUGAAAUGUGAAAUGUCACAAUGCCAGGGACCCUUUUAGAGGUGCAUUUCUGUGUGUUGAUUUGUGUUUGCAUGUUGAUGUGUGUGUGUGUGAACACGCUUAAAUCUCCACCCAAGCCUUUUCCCUGCCGGAACUGCAUAUAAACAUAGUCGAUAAACUGAUCGGCACACUGAAAGGCAAAUUACUUUGAUCAUCAUACAAGCGCAAAAUCAUGCAAACUCUAGGGACACACGCAAGACCAUCAGCCCAUCAGCCCCCCCCCAACUCAUGAGACUGUUAGCCCUGUGAAGGUUGUUGGAGGAACAAUGUAGCACGGUAACAAAGCGAGUGGACCAGAGUCACAUGUCUUUGGAAUGUUCAGGGUCCAAGCCCUCAGUUCCACACUGUUUUUGUAAAUGCUGGUGCUGAACCUUUUGGCCCUUGAAAUGUGUUGCACAGAGGUGAAACCAGUCCUUUGCUAUGAGGUUCAUAAAACACUGCUGGAGGAGCCGGCUGUUUGAAACACCACUAGAAGGCGUAGGACAGUAUAAAGUACAUGUGUAGUUUCCUCAGAAUGUAAUCUUCCCUCUCUGUUCGCAGGCCUGGUUAGCGGCUGUCAGCUGGCUGGAUGAUGAGAUUCGACCUGCUGUAGCACAGAUGGUUUGGUUUCUCGUAGAAAGAAGGAAAUCUGUCACUCUGCUUUUCUACAAAUUCAAAUAUUUCAAUAAAGAUUCUGUUUGUUUUA